UUUGUAUUGCUGCGCACCGUUAGCCGGUGAAGUAGUUCCGUUUGUGUCCCGUGUCUCUACAUCUGCUACUACUGUCAGUUACUCAAAUCCACCCGGUAUAGGGGGCGGGCCUGCGGUGAAGGCGUGGCUUGUCAGCGCAUAACUUCACUUGGAGGUGACCCGCACUGUAUGACUCUUCUGACUAGCCAUGAGCGCGUUGUCAGCCAGUACACUGCGGACGCUGUUCAAGGCGCUGGGAGAAGGGCAUGGAUUUGACCGAGUACUCAGCAAGCUUCAGUUCGUGUCUGCAAGUCCUGGGAAAGUUGUUUGUGAGCUAAAAGUUGAUGAAGAGCACACAAAUCGUGGCGGCACGAUGCAUGGCGGUUUUACAGCUACUUUGGUUGACAUGGUUUCCACUGUUGCCAUAAUGAACACAGAAAGGGGAGCCCCAGGAGUUAGUGUCGAUAUGAAUAUAACGUAUAUGAAUGCUGCCAAAAUUGGAGAAUCUGUUCUCAUCACUGCGCAAGUUUUGAAGCAAGGAAGAACGCUUGCAUUUGCAACUGUAGAUCUGCUUAACAAAGAGACUGGGAAACUAAUAGCACAAGGAAGACACACAAAACAUCUUGGAAGUUAGAGCUUUGAGCUUCGUUUAUGGAAGGACUUGAUGGGAAAAAAAUGUUAUAUGAGAAGUUGUUCUCCUGUAAAAGUUUGGUUCCUUACAAUCUUAUAGUUUCUAUUAAAGGAAAAAACAAA